AUGAAAGCUACAGAAGAGACCACGCUCACCGAGACGCUUGAGAAGAACGAGAGGUUGGUAACAUGGCCGCCGUACGGACGAGUGCUCACAUUGAAUGUCAAGCAGCUGAUGGCGAAGCUUGUUCAAGUUCUAGCCAGACACUGCUCGUUUAAACUCGGAGGUGGUUUCGUGUUCACAUACCAUACCGUACCAUCUAUGCUUGAGCCUGCACCAAAGUCGAUUUUUGGGACACAGACUAGCCAUCACAUACUCGAGAUGAAUCGAGUUGUUUCAGAUGAAAGUUUGGCAGGAGAGCGCGUGAAGUGGGCUGUGCAAGUGAAAGCUGAUCUCGAGGCUGGGGAUACUGAGAACAUCCUAGAGGGCUCAUACACCUCUUUAUCUCGUGAUGAAGAUAUGGAUCUCAACAAAAUUUAA